AUGAAGCAGGUUUACAGAAGAUAUCCAAAUGCAGUUGUGUUUGCUAUGGCUUCCAUUGCUAUGGUUUAUAUGGUUCUGAUAAAGGGUUCAAAAGGAACAUCUUGGUUUGAUUUUUCGCCGUCUCCAUUUCCAUGGUUGAGUACCAGUGUAGAUAGGAAAUCUGAUUCUGCAUUCACAUUCAACCACAUUUCAUCACACAUGGAUGCAGCAAGAAGGCAGAAGGCAUUGCCUGAUCUUGAAAGGAACUACACUGGUUCUGUUUCGAAAACAGAUAAGCAGAAGGGAGAUGUAAACCUGGAGAAACUUGAAGCUGGUCUAGCUACUGCCAGAGCAUUGAUAAGGGAAGCAACAUCAAAAUUCAACCAUACAGCUCUUGAAGACGCAGAUUAUGUUCCACAAGGCGAUAUAUACAGGAAUGCUUACGCCUUUCACCAGAGUCACCUCUUAAUGGAAAGCCUGUUUAAGAUAUAUGUCUACGAAGAGGGAGAGCCGCCUAUAUUUCACAAUGGCCCUUGCAAGAACAUAUACUCUAUGGAGGGCCUCUUCCUUAGCUUCAUGGAAACUGAUACCAAGUUCCGGACUCCGGACCCUGACAAGGCUCAUGUCUAUUUUCUUCCAUUCAGUGUUGUGAUGAUCAUUGAGUACCUGUUUCAUCCAAUUAUUCGUGACAAAGCUGUUCUAGAGCGCACCGUGGUUGAUUAUGUUCGUGUAGUAUCGAAUAAGUAUCCAUUUUGGAACAGAAGCCUUGGAGCUGAUCAUGUCAUGCUUUCUUGCCAUGAUUGGGGGCCAAGGGCAACAUGGUAUGUUAAACAACUAUACUUUGUUGCCAUCCGCGUACUAUGCAAUGCAAAUACUUCUGAGCACUUCAACCCUAAGAAAGAUGCAUCAUUUCCUGAAAUCAAUCUGGAAACAGGUGACAUAACCGGUCUAGUUGGUGGCUUGCCUCCCUCCGAACGUACAACCCUAGCGUUCUUUGCAGGACGCAUGCACGGUCGAAUUAGGCCAUUACUUUUCCAACAUUGGAAAGAGAAGGACAAAGAUUUACUGGUCUACGAAACACUCCCCGAAGGGGUUUCAUACCAUGACAUGCUGAAGAAAAGCAAGUACUGCAUUUGCCCAAGUGGCCAUGAAGUUGCAAGUCCACGAAUUGCAGAGGCAAUAUAUGCAGAGUGUGUUCCAGUUUUGAUAUCACAGCACUAUGUUCUGCCUUUCAGUGACGUGCUCAAUUGGGAGUCUUUCUCUGUUCAAGUUUCGGUAACCGAAAUUCCACAGCUUAAAGAAAUCUUAAUGGGGAUCCCUGAAGAGCAAUAUAGAAGAAUGCAGAAAAGAGUGAAGCAAGUGCAAAGGCAUUUUGUGGUGAACAGUCCCCCCAAGAGAUUUGAUGUUUUUCAUAUGAUUAUUCAUUCAAUCUGGCUUAGGAGACUGAAUGUCCGCAUUUAUGGUUGA